AUGGCUUCAAAACCUCCAUUACCACCAGGGAUAGGUAUGGGAAAACCCGUACAUCCCUUUGCAGUCACUGUGGAGGAACAGAUUCCCAACGCGAUAGUACCAGAUGGUUAUGGUAUCAAAUAUCAUGCUUAUCAUACUAUUACGGAAGGAGUCUUUUUACCCGCCGGGACUUCUUUACCUGGUGGAGCUGUCCUUCCCAUGUCAAGCGUUGCCGACUUUCCUAUGAUUUUACCCCAGGGCACUAAAUUACCAGGAGGUGCCAUGGUCCCCUUCCUCCUGUUGGUAGUUUGCUCUCCCCCAUUGUUUGUCCUCUACAACAUCCCGACAUGGCUUGAUCGGACAGGUGCUGAUGAUAGAUCACGAUACAAAAGAAGAAAGUGA